AUCAAACACACACUGCCACCAACCAGUCAGGUAUCGACUUCUCUACUCCGUAACACCUCAGUUCUUACUCCCACGCCAUCCUUCGCAUCAUCCAUCACUUGUCGUUGACGCCUUGUCCACCUUCUCUUCCCGCUCCCUCGUGCGUGUCUGCGGCUGUAUUUUCCUCUCGGCUCCCAGAUCCAGAUCCAACCCUGGCCAGCCUUUCUCUCCUACGAGACGAAUCGAACGUCGCUAAAACACCCCGAAGAAACAUCUCUGCCUGACAGAAACAACGGAUACUUCUCCUCCAGCCCUAAACUACUAUUAGAAACAGCGGCCUCGCUCUCAGCUCACCGCACGUUCUGUUCUUCUUUUUCUCCUCUCCCUUUACGUGCCCUUCAUACGGAGUAUAGCCCAACGACUUAUCCUCUUCCCUUCUACGAGUACUACUAGCCUCUACAAUUCCAUCUGUACUACCGAAUACAAAUUCGAGAUCUCCAUCGUCCACGAACCCCCUAAAAGCUCCAAACGUCCGGGAAAAAAGCAAAAGUGUCAAGAGUACUGCUCUCUCACAAACCAAAAAUUGGAGGUGUCAAGUUGCUUUGUGUCGGUGUUUGGCUCGAAACUGUCUGGGUGCCUCUCUGCUCUAUUUGUACUCGAGCAGAGUCUGGCUAUAUCAAUAAUACUACACUCCACCUGUUCGCGCUUACCACUCCGGCGGUGCGGUAAACAUUUGGAACCGCUUCUCACUCCAGUGCACGGUUCACCUCAUCCGAGUUACGAGUACCAACGACUACUAGUCUUACCGCAAAGGCCGCCUUGACAUCAGCGGGAAACCCCAUACUUGACAGUCUCGCCGCCCAUAACAACGGUUACUAUCCAUAACAACCAAGCCCCCAAAAGAGGCAAUGUCUCGCAGGUCGCUUGAGUCUCAAAGGCCUAUUAUGGCUCCAAGUGUCACUUCCAAACGCGCCUCGAAACGCUACUCUACGUACUCUGCGUCCCCAAGCUUUGCCACCACCACCUCCAACUACUCGAAUAACCUGGCAUCUGCAAACGUGGUCAGCCCGGAGACCGGCAUGGCAGAGAUACGCCAUCUCACCCAGGGCCUUGACAGACUCGACAAUAAACGCCUUCAACAACAGCGGUUUAUUCCUAGUCAGAAAAAGGCAGACGACCUGAGCAAAUUGAGUCUGGGGGCGAAAGUCGAAAGAGCACUGGGACGGAGAAUGUCGGAUCAAGAUGCCGUUUUCCGAGUCAAAAGACCCGUCGCCAAACCAGUACAAUCAUUCUCCAUAAUUGACGAGAAGACCGCUCUCAAGGUUUAGGGUUUUGGUCUCCAUUCACUUCCAAUGUAGGAUUGCUGGACGAGCCGGUCUUUGGAGAAAUUCUCUCUCGAGGAUUGAUGGAAAUGGCGGUGAUGACACACACGUGCACGUGAGAAGGCAGGAAACCAUUUCUCUGUGUUCGGAACGACGACAAAGCAACAUUGGGUGAUGUGUACCCUUUUGAAACCCCAAAUGGGUUCGGAAUACGAGGACGAUGCUCGCAUAUUGUCAAAAGAACAAUUUUCGAUGUUGGCGUUGACGUGGUUGAUGUUGAUUGAUGCUUUAAUUGAGAUACCAUUUCUUACAUGUCAAUAUGGGGUGUUUAUGCUGGGGGUUUUUGUUUUCUUGUUGAAGGGGGACGAGGAUGAAUUGCAUGUCAGCAUGAGUAUCGUUAUCACGUUAGAUAUGUAUCGAUACCCACGAGAAGUUGUAGUUGAGAGAAGAGGGACAACAAUGAUGAUGGGGUGAGGUGUGAGGACAAUUAUAAAUGUCCAAAUUCAGCAGCCGUACACAAGCAAGAAGUUGUUGCUCCUGUACUGUACGACUUAGUUAGAGGCAAACGUAUUCAGUUCUGUCGCUUUUUCCCCUCUCUUGUUGUCACGAAUGUCACAACAUUCCUGAG